GAAAGAAAAAGAAAAGAGGGAGAAAAUGAGUAGUGUGAAGGUGGCAGAAUGAUCUCAAACGUGGACCCUGCAGAACCAGCCACCGCGGCCGCCACCGCGGCCGUCGCAACAGCCUCCGCCGCUUCUUCCCAUGAAGAUCACUCCGCACCGCCGCCAUCUCCUAACAUUCUGAUGUCCUCAAAGGAUCACGAUUCUCUCUUCAGCGGUGGCGGCAUCAGUUUUCUCUCUGGAAGUCGAAAUGGGAGGUUCAGCUAUGGAUAUUCCAGCUUCAAGGGUAAAAGGUCAUCAAUGGAGGAUUUCUUUGAGACAAGAAUAUCAGAGGUUGAUGGUCAGAUGGUUGCCUUUUUCGGUGUUUUUGAUGGUCAUGGAGGUUCCAGGACUGCAGAAUACCUGAAAAAUAAUUUGUUUAAGAAUUUGAGUAGCCACCCUGACUUUAUCAAAGACACAAAGACUGCUAUAGUUGAAGCAUUUAAACAGACAGAUGUUGAUUACCUCAACGAGGAAAAGGGGCAUCAAAGGGAUGCUGGGUCAACUGCAUCAACAGCUAUGUUGUUGGGGGACCGAAUUCUUGUUGCAAACGUUGGUGAUUCCAGAGUAGUUGCAAGUAGAGCUGGUUCAGCUGUUCCUUUGUCUAUUGAUCACAAACCUGAUAGAUCUGAUGAACGUCAAAGGAUUGAACAGGCUGGGGGAUUCAUAAUUUGGGCUGGAACAUGGAGGGUUGGUGGUGUUCUUGCUGUUUCCCGAGCAUUUGGAGACAAACUUCUCAAGCCAUAUGUUGUUGCUGACCCAGAAAUUAAGGAGGAAGCAAUUGAUGGUGUAGAUUUUAUUAUAAUCGCAAGUGAUGGCCUUUGGAAUGUCAUAUCAAAUAAGGAGGCCGUGUCUUUAGUACAAAAUAUCACUGAUGCAGAAAUGGCAUCCAGAGAACUUAUUAAAGAGGCUUAUGCACGAGGAAGCUCAGACAACAUCACUUGUGUAGUUGUUCGAUUUGAUCUAUCCUGAUGCGGUUCUUCACUUUAGUCUUAGACUCCCCAACUGGCCAACCACAACCACCUAAACUGGAAGCUUGUUACUGUCGAAAUCUACAUGCUCAAACCUAGGUAUUUAUGUCAGUUGCGCAUUGCAUGCAAGUCUGACACCAUAUCAGAAUAUAUUAACUACGAGUCGUGAUCUUUGCUGGAAAUUCUGCAUGUCUCGUAUUCAUUUUAUGAAGAUCCUUUCACAAUGUACAAUUUGAGUUUUUAUUUUAUUUUUUUGCAAAACAGUUUUAGGAGUAUUGGACUAUAGUGAAUUCAAGCGUUCGAUGAUUUCUCCUUCAUCUAUUCUAUAAAAAAAAUUAUUGUUGUUUGGUAGUUUCUUCUUGAAAUGACUGAGUAAAACUUAUAUAAAAUAUGUAAAGAGUAUUUGAGAAACUAUUUGUUGUUUAAUAUAAAUAUACAUGUC